AUGAUCAAAUAUGACUCUUCGAUCAAGUAUCUCGAUGAAGCGGUCGACGCUGGAGACGAACACGACGCCUUCAAGGCCAAGGUCGCUGAAAUAAUCAGAGACUACCUUCUCACUGGAGACUCGAACUCCGUGAGCCAAACAGCCACCGAGCUUGACGAUUACUACUGGAAAACUUACGUACCUACGAUUAAAGAUACCGAGCUUCUUGACAGAAUAUUUCCAGUCUUUGUCUCGACAGUUUAUCGGGUUGUAUUAGAGGUUGCCUGUUUGAUCUGGCCUAAUGAUAAUAAACAAGACAUGUUAAUAAAACUACUACUGGAAAUGAAGGAACUGACACCAAGUGAGCUCAAACACAACCGUGUAAGUUUAAUAAUUUUAAGAUCACCACUUCAGAAACUAAAAGAAAUUAACAAGCACCGUAGAAAGAUCAUACCGCCUGGAUCGACGACGAUUUAUUUGACUAUAAGUCGAGCGAGAUAUACACUGCGAAAUGGGGUAAGCCGUCCCAUAAACCACCUCUCCUACCCCCAGUUAUCUCAAUCCUCCAAGGCUAAUCCACAAACCAACAGUAUCCUACAACGAUCCCCCAGAUGCCCGUACGCAAGCGCUGUAUGUACCAUUCCAAAACAUUCUAUCCUUUCUCGCACUCUGCUACCAAAACGACAUGGAUUCGCACAACCGAUACAGAAGCAAGUACUUGAGAGCUCAUGACGGACGUUUUCGAAAGGGAGUAUCAUGAACCACGUGGCUUGGCAACCAAUUUCUGGGUCAAGCUUGCUGCAAAUUGGAUCCUGAAGGCUGGUCCGGUUAUCUAUGCAGAGUUUGGGGAGGACCCGGAUAAGUGGGAAUUAUGGGCGAUGAGGUUUGACGAGUUGGCGGAAAGGUAUCAACGGGGCGAGGAACCUACCAAUUAUUCUGAGGAGGGUAGUGAUCCUCAUAUGGCUGCGAUUGCGAGAGGAGCCUAUGAGAGAAUGAAGGUGAUUGAUCCGCUUCUUUAG